GAAUCUUAACUCACACCGACUUUCUCUUCCUCAUUAAAACUUUCAACAGCUCAAGCUCGUCAAAAUCUGUUUUGUUUGUAGUUUUAGAUCGAAUUUAAACAGGAAUAUGUGGUAAAAGUUGCGUUUUAUCCUAGUGUGAAAACAGAAUUUAACAUACGGACUGCGUUUAACAGUUACAUUUAUGACGUUUUGAGGAUUUCAGAGAGCCCAUUUCUGAUUUUGUGAAUCAUUUUCAAUUCUCUUGUUCUCAACAAUUUUCGUUAAACGCCUACUCAGAAGCACGUGACUCGUCGUGAUGAAAGAGUUGCUCAUUCAGUAAUGUCAAAGAAAGCUGACGACUGAGUUGCCAAAUUUGAGAAUGGGAUACAACAAAUUCUUUAUUGUCCUAAUGUUUUUGUGCAACGCGGCUGUGGCCCUCCCAGAGAGCACCGUGUCCUGCUACAGGAUCGAGCCGGGAACGAUAGCUGGCAUCAUCUGUGCAGAUGUGCUGCUGACCCUUGUCAUUGUCGUUGUCACCUACAGAUGUGCUGGAUAUCGGCGUCAGAAGAUAGAAAAAGCCGAUGAAGUGUACAUGAAUGUCAGAGCCAAUUGCAAGAGCUAAUCUAAAGGUUGUGCAGUUUUGGAUGAACAGGAUUAAAAAACAUAAACAUGAUCUUAUAAGAUCAUGUUUAUGUUUUUUAAUCCUGUUUUUUCAACCAAAAAUGAUUGGAAAUGUUAAAAUGGAUUCAUUCCCCAUUCAACUCCGUGGCUGUUAACACAAACAGAAUGUCUUGCACAUGUCACUAUUCAUCGACCAUGCGUAUAAAAUGUAUUUGUUUCCAGUUUCACAAACCGUUGUCCAUUUAACAGCAGGACACAGCACCAUCUGCUGCUGACUUUUGUUCCCAUCAGCUGUAUCAGUAUGUAUAAAUGGCGUCUGAUUGGUGUGUUAUCUAAAUGAAUGCUGCAGACACCCCCUUGAAUAAAUAAACCAAAGGGAUUCAUCAA